CGUACGUAAACUGUCAAAACUCAAACGAAGGUGAGCGCUGUAGGAAAAUCUCAAAAAUUAUUCGAAGCAGUGAAAAAUAUUAGUGGACCGGAAAAAUUGUCGUCAGUUUCUUCAAUUUUCAUUUGCCAGUUAAUUUUGCAAGCAUUCGUUCUAAGCCGGAUGUUGAAGCAGAUUACAUAAUAAAAUUCUGUUUUAUUUAGUUUGUGGUCAUUGUAAGCUUCGAUACUAGACUCCAGCAAGUGAAAUAUCUUGCCCCUGGCCAAUUGGGUAAAGGAAACGUUGAUUGGCAGAAGGGAGUGUUUUCCCGAUGGAAUUAAAUGUACAGGAAGGCCCAACGUCGAUUACCAAUGGAGUUGAAACCAGUGCUAUUUCCACAGUCAAAAGUGGGAAGAAGAAAGCAAAAAGGAAAAACAAAUCUAAAAAUAUCGGCACAAAUCCGAUCCAAGAGCAAUUGCAGCAGCAGGAGGAGAAAUUAAGCGAGGUUAAGAAUAGUGCUAGUGGGAAACUAAACGGAUUGCACGGGGACAUUGUGGACAAAGUAAGCGAAAAAUUAGAACAAGAGCUGAAACUUAAAAGUCAAAAUGGGCUGAUCAACGGAUCUGUGUCGGGUUCCGAGGAACACCCAAUUGUUGCCAAAACAAAAAGCGCAACUGCCAAGAAGAAGCACAGAAGUAGGCAGAAGACUAAAACUCAGGAACCAAUAACCACAAACGAGAGAACUAUUGAAAUAAACAAACAAACCAUCGAUAACGCAGUCAGCAGCAUUAGUCCUAAAACUAGCAAUGAAACGGCGAUUCCUGCUAUUAAGGAAAUGCCUAUCGUAGAAGAGCUACCAAAACCCCAAAUCCUGUAUCAAGCGUAUGAAUCGGAAUUACAAAUGCCCAGCAUUAUGUCUCUGAUCCAGAAAGAUCUCUCAGAACCUUACUCGAUUUAUACCUAUCGGUAUUUCAUACACAACUGGCCACGGUUAUGCUUUUUGGCACUGCAUGAAGAUCGUUGCGUGGGUGCAAUCGUGUGCAAGCUAGACAUCCAUAGGCAUAACACCCGCCGGGGAUACAUCGCGAUGCUGGCCGUCGACAAGGACUACAGAAAGCUGAAAAUCGGGACCACGCUGGUGCAAAAGGCCAUCCAGGCAAUGCUGGAGGACAAUGCCGACGAGGUUGUGUUGGAGACGGAAAUUACCAAUCAACCCGCUCUGCGGUUGUACGAAAAUCUGGGAUUCGUACGGGACAAACGACUAUUUCAUUACUAUCUGAACGGAGUGGACGCACUGAGACUUAAACUGUGGUUCAGAUGAAUUUCAGCGUGUGUGUGGAGAACACUAUUCAUGUUGAAUGCUCUUUUUUUACUAGGUGUGAGUGUGCAUCACAAAGAAAAUGUUAAUACGCGAUGGUAACUCUAUAUCAUAAGGUUCAGGUUUUUGGUUCAUCACAAGGCCAACGACCGAGGAAAAAAUGGCAAUCUAGCAAUAGGGACAGAUGAUGAUAUGGAACCGAUUUCUUGCGAAAUUAGCCGAUAGUAGGAUAACAAAAGCCUGUCGGUCCUUGUACACACGAUUGGUACAGGUGAUGCAGGAACAUGAUUUAUAAUUUAUAGAUACUACACUUUCUUACGAGUAGCCGUUAGGUAUGUGUCAAACGCUAGUGGAAAAUAAAACCAUAUACUGAAAAAGUAAUAAAUUUAACCGACACUGUCAGUAAUAACAGUCUUGUUGGGUUAACAAACCUACUAUAUUAGGGUUUUGUACAUGUAUAGUAGAACAUCAUCAGCAGCUAUUAUUUAUACAAAAGCACGGCAUACAAGCAACUAAAACAAAAUGCUUCAACAGGAUUUGCAACACUACUCGAUUUCAACUGAUCCAAGGAUUCGGCGAAUUCUGAUAGCGAAAUUGUUUUGAACAUUUUCAACUGCGUCACUAAACAUUUUUCUUAUUUUUUUAAAAUGUGUUGAUUUCCCUGUACAAUACGACCAUUCUGUAAAUAAAGUUAUUCGUGAACCAUUUGGUGUA